CUUUUAGGCGCUCUGCGUGACUCUAUGCCUGGCAUACAAUUCCCCGUCGUCCAAUGAAGAAUCGGCUAGAGAAUUCAUAGAACAUGUCCUAAGGAUCCCGAACCCUGAAAAGAUAUUGAACUCAGCUCGUGGAAGACUUGAGAGGGCUCGACAGCAGGAGUUGUUGAGGCAGCGUGUUGCCGAAGCUGACUGUGAAGAUCCUAGCGAGCUCUUACCAGAAUACACAGCGGCACUUCAAGGUUCACGGGAGCUCAGGCAGUUAGGAGCACAAAAACACUACCCCAUAUGUCAUUUGGAGAGGAAAAUAAAGAAGUUGAACACCAACGAAUACGAAUACCGACCAGCGUACUAUGAAGAAGUACGUUGCACCAUGACAUCGAGCGAUGAUAUUGGAGACACAAAUGAGGUCUGUUCGAGUCUCGGAUUUGCGUGCGUCCAAUGGAACAAAACUAUCCAUUUAACAAGAAGACGAUACUCCAGUGACUGUUGGGAGACGAGUACCAUGGUGAUUCCUGCUGGCUGCGAGUGCAUGUGGCCGGUUCAUCGGCUUGGCGACAUGAAUCUAAGAGUUUAA